CCAAGUUCUACUUUCGCUUUCACCGCGCCGGAGAGGAAGAAGCGGCAAUGGCGCUCCUGGAUGUCUGCGGACGCUCCCGCGGGGAGUGGGACUGGCCUCUGCCCGGAGGGGUCGCCGCCGCUGCCGGAUCUCGCCAAGGAUCCUCGCACUACGCUUUCGGGGUGCGGGAGCCCCAGAUGUCGGUGCUCCCGGGGAUCCAGCCGUCCGAGGUCCUCAACAGCCUCUCCGAGACCAGUGGCUCCCGGUUUGCACCAGUCCACGGCACCACAACCCUGGCCUUCACCUUCCAGCACGGGGUCAUCGUGGCUACCGAUUCCCGAGCAUCGGCCGGCAACUACAUCGAUACUUUCCAGUGCAACAAGGUGAUUGAGAUCAACCCUUACCUGCUGGGCACCAUGUCUGGAAGUGCAGCCGAUUGCCAAUAUUGGGAACGUCUCCUGGCCAAAUACUGCAGGCUCUACUUCCUUCGGAACAAGGAGCGGAUCAGCAUCUCAGCUGCCUCCAAGCUCUUGGCCAACAUGCUGGCCGAAUACCGGGGCAUGGGGCUCUCGGUGGGCAGCAUGGUGUGCGGAUGGGACAAGAAGGGCCCAGGUCUCUACUAUAUUGAUGACAGAGGAGCCCGGCUGAAAGCCCCCCUUUUUUCCACGGGAAGCGGAAACACGUAUGCCUAUGGAAUCCUGGACAGUGGCCACCGGCCCGAUCUUAGUGUGGAGGAGGCCUACGAGCUCGGCCGAAGGGCCAUCUGCUAUGCCACCCAUCGUGACUCCUACUCGGGUGGGGUGGUAAACAUGUACCACAUGAAGGAAGAUGGCUGGAUCCGUGUCGGGAAGACGGAUGUCAGUGACCUGCUCCACCAGUAUGUGGAGGAGAAGAAAUGAGAUGGGCAGAUGACUGCAAGCACGGAGAUCUUCUGACACUCAGGGCUGACAGAGAGGAAAGGGAUGGGGGACUGUUCCCCCUGUCUUUUUACGGGGCAACAAUAAACCACAUUUGAACUCGU